AUGUAUGUGCCCAAUCUUCUUGGUGGUAUUGGGGAUGUUCUUGGUGAUGGGUUUGCUACGCUUGGGCGGAAAGAGAUAGUAGUGGUUCCCAGUUCUUCAGAGACAUCGUCUUCUCCAUUUAUUGACUCAGUCACGGCUAAUCCUGGUGCCUGUUCUGUCCUUAGAGCUUACGUUCCAGGUUGGGUGGUUAUUAAAGACUCAUUACUUUUGGAAGACAUUGCCGCUCAGGAGUGGAGUUACUAUGCCCAUCCUCCAGCCACAAUGAAGUUGCUUGCGGCCCAAUCAGCCGCACGCAUGGCCAUCAAUCAUCAGUAUGCAGCUGCUCAAACUUCUACCUUAUGGUUGUUGUCGCUGACUGGGUUUGCUGCCAUGGAAUAA